UUUCGUUUUGAGACAAGUCUCUCCGGGUUCCUGGGUUCCCAGGAACGGGAACCCGCAUCGGGUUCCUAGGAACGGGAACCCGCAUCGGGUUCCUAAGAAUGAGGAACCCUAUUGCAAAUCGUUUAGAAUAGAAAUUUAGGUGUGGUUCCCAGUUUUUUGGAACCCGGUGUGGGUUCCCGUUCCUGGGAACCCGGAACCCGGUGCGAACCCGGUGCGGGUUCCCGUUCCCAGGAACGGAACCCGAAACUGACACCCCUACUUCAAAGUGUGUAAAACAACUUUUUAAGACUAUUGCACAAUGAUUGUCGUUCGCUGACGAUGGAUCAUGGAGAGCUUGCGGACAUUAAAAUGUUUUUUUUCACUCAAAUCUGUUAAUGUUAAUUCGACAAGUAUCUCUUCUGAGAGGAAAUUAUUCUAACUAAUCAAAUCUUCUCUUCGAUUUAUUCUGUGUGUUACAGUUAAGGAAAAAAUAAGAACGUUUCUUUUUGCCUUUACUUUAAUCAUUAAAAACGAAAACUUUAAAUGAUUGUUUUGUUUUUGUUUUCAGGAUCAUCAAAUCGAUUUUUUCUUAAAGAUAUUAUCGAAAUUCUACGUAUAGUCAUGAAACCUGAUCGUGAUCCAGAAGUACGAAAUCAAUGUUUAUUAAUCAUAGCAAAUUUACUUCAAUUUAUUGAUGAUACAGAUACAACAGUUAUAAUUAGUCCAUAUUUAACAAUAUUAAUUGAUGAAUGUAUAUUACCAAAUAUGCAAUGGAAAGCAGGUCGAAUAGCAGCUGCUAUUCGAGCAACAGCUAUUGCUACACUUUGGUCAUUAUUUCAAGCUAAAUCAUUUAGUUUUGAACAAGUGAGAGUAUAG